CGAUUGUGAUUUAAAUGUGCGGUUUGAAAUAAAUAAAUGCAAUUUGGAAUUUUUUAGUUUCGGCUCUGAAAUGACGUCAAACUUAAUAAACGAAGCGACUGAGAGCGCUAAUGAUGAGUAUAAGUUAGAGGAAAACCCCGUUAAGCCAUCAAGGCCAACUCUGUCUACAAUCCCAUUGAGAUCGGUUAUGCUGUUUUUAGCUGCAACAGUUCUCACUGCGAUAUUUGUGGAACUUCUGCCGCACUACACAAGAAUCUCAAACGGGGGAAACACGGUCAAUGCCACGAUCACCGAAAAGUCGGAUUCUCGUUAUCCGACGUAUGCGAUUUAUAGCCAAAGUCCCAUAGAGGAUCACUUGGUACAUGUAGUGAACGUUCUACACAAGUUCGGUUAUAAACGCGUUCAACUAGACCAAGGUGGAUGGGAUCUUCUGUGGGCACAUGAUUAUCCAUUCCGCCUUAUGCCAAGCCUAAAGAAUCUUGACGCAAAUCAAUUGGUUAAUCAUUUUCCUGGCUGUGGCUAUUUAACCAAUAAGGUGGACUUAUGUACAACGAAGCUACCAUUUUUGCCGCGCGCCUUCCGUCUUCCUGACCAGCGGGAUGAGUUCCUGGAGUACGCAUCGGCAAAUCCGGGGGCACUCUUCGUGCAGAAACACAAUGAGCAUCGUCAUAUUAAAGUUCGCGCACCAAGUGAUAUUGCAUUCAACUCAAAUGAUUCAUUUGUACAGGAAUUUAUCAAGAAGCCAUUUUUGGUUGAUGGCCAUAAAUUCGAUAUUGGCGUUUAUGUUGUAAUCACAUCUGUAAAUCCAUUGCGGGUCUAUAUCUAUACUGGAGAUGUGCUUUUCCGUUACUGUCCGGUUAAGUAUUAUCCCUUCGAUGCCGAGAACCUGGACAAAUAUGUUGUAGGUGACAAUUACUUGCCCACUUGGGAAGUUCCUUCGCUUCGAAAAUAUUACGAAAGCUACGGCGGAAGCAUGCGAGCCUCGUUUGAGGCGUAUGUGCGGGAUCAAUCCAUGGAUCCCUCAAAAAUAUGGCCACAGGUUGAAAGGAUAAUACGCUCAACAAUAUUGGCCAAAGAACAAGAUAUUAUUGGCACACUACGUUCGUAUAAGACACACAAUUUCUUUGAUUUGUUGCGCUUUGAUCUUUUUAUCGAUGAGAACCUAAAAGUCUAUCUGAUGGAAGCCAACAUGUCACCCAAUCUUUCUUCGGCGCACUUCAAACCAAACUCUCUACUCUACGAGCAAGUGCUGUACAGUGUCUUUAACCUGGUGGGAAUACUGCCAGUAAGCGAAUCAGGAGUCAGCCGUAACAUACCAUCUGAAAUGGUAACUGCUGAUAAAAAUCUGGUAACUGGCCUCAACAAAUGUGGGGACUACAAUUGUGAUAAGUCAUGCAAUCGAGAUGAAUGUGAUCUGUGCCUGCCCUGCUUGAGUGGAACAGAAUAUGAAUGGCUGAAGUCAGCACACGAGGAGCACCUGCAUCGCGUUGAUAUGAAGCGCAUCUUCCCGCAGCCUAUACUUGAAUUUAAUGCAUUUAAUAUUGAUGACGAGACUAGAUACAUGUCGAAGAGAAAUGCUUGGAUAUCCCGUUGGUUUUACAAUAAAUGUGAAUACGAUCGUACCUGGUGUACGUAAUAUUAUUACCCAUUGGGACACCACAUUAUGUAUGUAUCAUAAAUCUUUCAAAAUGUAGAUAGGUAAUAUCAUCUUAGAAUCUUUGUUGAGGCCAUUACGUCUGUAUGUGCGUUUUUCCGUUUUGUCACUUUUGUCAGCCGUCCUUAAAAGUUAUCUACAAGAAGAUUAAAGUAUAAUCUUUUAAUACAAUUUUUAAUCACAAAGAUUUUGAAAUUACAAUGCAAUUUGUCGAAUCGCAUAUCUUUGUAGUUUUAUGUAAGAUAAAAUUUUUAAAUAUGUAUAUUUAUUUCGAAUAAACAGAAAUUAUUUAAGUGCGAUGCUAAAGGUGAAAAUGUCAGAGGCUAGAUUUCAGGUAUGUAACCGUUUCGAAUAUGAGCUAUAGAUGAAAAUAAAUGUCGAAUGGGGGAAUUAAAAAAAUAUUAGCUUAAUUUUUUGCUACAAUAAAAAAUAUGAAUUACAAAGAACUCGGGAACUGAGAGGACAAACACAAAUUAAACGAAGAGUUAGCAAUCAGUAAUAUAAGCU